UGUGGCAGCAUUACGUGUGAAUUUCAAGUGACGUGGCACUGCCACAUAUUUAGUUUAGGUUAGAUCAACCUGUUAGUCUUCAAUUUAUCACUUCCCCAUUGCAUCUCCUAUCAGAUAGAUCUGCGCUCCCAAUUCUCAGAUCUCGUGCGUUUCGAUUCAAUUCCAUACAAGAAAAACCAACGCAAUCAUGGUCGUCCUUGCUGCGUCCAUUGUCGGCAAAUCUGGCAAAGUCUUAGUCUCUAGACAAUUUGUUGAUAUGUCUCGGAUACGAAUCGAAGGACUUCUAGCAGCAUUUCCCAAAUUAAUAGGCACUGGUAAACAGCACACAUAUAUUGAAACCGACAAUGUCCGUUAUGUUUACCACCCGAUAGAAUCUCUCUAUCUGCUUCUUGUAACUAACAAACAGAGCAACAUACUCGAAGAUUUAGAUACUUUGCGACUUCUCUCCAAACUAGUCCCAGAAUAUUCUUAUUCCCUUGACGAAGAAGGUAUCUGCAAGCACGCUUUUGAGUUGAUUUUUGCGUUUGAUGAAGUUAUCGCUCUUGGGCACAAGGAAAAUGUGACUGUUGCCCAAGUUAAGCAAUAUUGUGAGAUGGAAAGUCACGAAGAGAAGCUUUAUAAGCUGGUUCAGCAGAGUAAGGUUAAUGAAACUAAGGAUCUUAUGAAGCGCAAAGCUAGUGAGAUUGAUAAGAGCAAGAUUGAAAAGAAUAGAGGUGAAAAAGGAGGCUUUGGUCCUUUGACGUCAAUGGGAUCUGGAAGAAUUGAAAAUAGCUUCAGUGAUAUGAGCAUAUCUAGCUCUGGAACUGGUUUCGGAAGUGUCUCUGGUUUUGGAUUGACAACUACUGACAUUGAUUCCUUUUCCACCAAGCCUAAAGGUCGUCCAACUGCAUCUGCCAAUGCUCCGCCAAAGGGUCUUGGUAUGAAGCUUGGAAAAUCUCAAAAGACAAAUCAGUUUUUGGAAUCCUUGAAAGCAGAAGGUGAGGUCAUUCUUGAAGUUGUUCAGCCAAAACUUGGCCCGUCUCGGUCAGCUGCCCCACCACUUACCGAUCCCAUCACUUUAACUGUUGAGGAGAAACUGAAUGUGACACUAAAACGAGAUGGCGGGGUUAGUAAUUUUGAUGUUCAAGGAACAUUGUCUCUCCAAAUUCUUAACCAAGAGGAUGGGCAUAUUCAAGUUCAGGUUCAGACUGGUGAUAAUCAAGCCGUCUCUUUCAAGACACACCCUAACAUGAAUAAAGAAUUAUUUGCCAAUGAAUAUAUAUUAGGCCUGAAGGAUCCAAAUAGGCCCUUCCCCACUGGUCAAGCCAGUGAUGCCGGAGGUGUUGGUCUUUUAAAGUGGAGAAUGCAAAGCACUGAUGAGUCAAUGGUGCCACUGACAAUCAACUGUUGGCCAUCUUCUUCUGGAAAUGAAACUUAUGUCAACAUUGAAUACGAGGCUUCAUCAAUGUUUGACCUGCGGAAUGUUGUGAUCUCAGUGCCCCUUCCAGCUCUUCGUGAGGCUCCAUCUGUUAGUCAGAUUGAUGGGGAAUGGAGGUAUGACUCUAGGAAUUCCAUUUUGGAGUGGUCCGUCCUGCUGAUUGAUAAUUCAAAUCGCAGUGGGUCGUUGGAGUUUGUUGUUCCGCAAGUAGAUGCAUCAGCAUUCUUUCCCAUCUCAGUUCGUUUUAUGGCAACUGACACAUUUAGUGACCUGAAGGUUAUGAAUAUCAUACCAGUUAAGGGUGGUAAUCCUCCUAAAUAUGCUCAGAGAACACAGUUGUUAACAGAAAACUACCAAGUUGUGUGAUUGAUUUCCUCUCGGCUUUGAGCUUCUAUGACAGUUUUGCUUUUACAGCCGUGUCUCUUUUGUCAAUAGGAUUUACUUUUAGUUGCAACAUUUGCUACUAUUCAUGAAUUUAUACUUUUAGUUCUACUUGUCAAGACAAGGAGCAAACUAUGAUACUUGUAUUUACUAUUGUGGCAAGCAUCUUAUGUGGAAAAGGAUGCAUUUCCCAUCUCCCUGUUUUUCUUGUGAUGAAUAAGAAGACAAGCAAGUCAAAUACAAAUCGAGUACUUCAUAUCCCAUACAUGGUAGUAAACUAACUAGUUGUGCAUGUAAUGUGGUAUAUUUGCUAAAUAAUGUUUUUAUUUA